AUAUAUUAAUAUUAUGUCAAACAAUCCACCAAACUUUUUUAUUUUUAGAUAAUUAUUCUAAAUUAUAUUUGACAAAAUGUAUUCCAAGUUAUAUAAGCGGUAUGGACUUUUUCAGUAUUGUUGAUAUAUAUCUUCUCUUUGUAUUUGAGAGAAUGAUACUUUAUAAAUUUUACACAUAAAAACUUAAAUAUCUUUUUUAUAAUUCUAUGUUUUUUACUAUUCAUAUUCUUGCAUUUUAACUUAUAUUUUAAUUUUAAAUAAAAUACAUUAAUUAGAAUUUUAAAAAAUUCACCGGUUAACGAUGGCUGGCCGGGGGCAUCCUCGUUAAUUUUUAGUCUUUGUGUGUAAAGCUUUUAGCCGGUUAUGUCUGUAAGUUUCAAGCCUUUCUAUAUGGAUCCAUUAUCAUUUUCUGGUUGGAACAAAAUCUUUUAUGGCUUUAAGUUUGGUUGUAAUCUUAGAGCAUCAUUAUCGCGGGUGCUAAGCCCCGUCUCUUACGUUUAAAAAAAAAAAAAAAAAAAAACCUUAAUAAUGCAAAAGACGUCGCUUAAUUAAGCGCUACAAGAGACGUCCCUUACGGUACACGCGUCCUAACGCGACAUCUCAGUCUCUCUCUCAUCUCUCUUUCUCGACUGAUUCGGUUUGAUUCCGAAACUUCCACCACCGGAAUCGCCGCCGUCUCAGUUGCUUCAUCUCCUCCUCCGUUGACAAAUUGAAGAAAGUGGUAGAGGAAGGUAAUGCCUACGGAGCUUUGCAGAUGUACAAAUCCUUCAGUGCCAGAUAUGUUACGGGAAGAGGAAAGAUCUGCAGAGAAGAAGAAUAGAAAGAACAAGGAGACAAAAUCAGAAACAAAAGAAGAGAAGAGAGCAGAAAAGGAUGAGAAGAUCUUGCCAGAGGAGAAGAACACAACUUCUGUUGCGCUUCCUUGCAUUGAUAAGCUUCGAGACGAGUUGUCUUGUGCAAUUUGUCUUGAGAUUUGUUAUGAACCAAGUACUACAACUUGUGGACACAGAAAUGGCAAAUACUGCACGGUUAAUACAGUUCUUUGGAACACAAUCCAGCUUAUGUUCCCUAAAGAAGUGGAAGCAUAGAGAGCUGCUGCUUCUGCUAAUUUCCUAACCAAGGAAACGCCAAGCCCUAGAGACUCUAAUCAGAAGGUAACAAGCAGGAACAGAGAUACGGCGUUUCAAGCUAGGUUGCAGAGAGAGGAUAUCUCGAGGUUACUUGUGUCUGAAGAGAGAAGGAGGAGAGGCGUGAGGUUGGAUCAAGAUAGCGAUGUAGCGUUUGUGUUGCGGUUACAGCGGCAGGAAUUUGCGUCUGCCUUUGGCGGUUGCAGAGGGAUGCAUUGCCUCUUUUCAGUAUGCUAAGAGUAAAAUUUAAGUCUUGCAUAGAUAGAGAACCACUGCUUAACGAGACGCAGAUAACAAACUCAAAGUGGUGAAAACUCCAAAUGCUGUGAAUCCCCUUGUGCUUGGUUCUUUUGUAAGUUUUUCAAUCUAAGAACUUGAAUAUAGAGUUAGCAUCUACUAUGUUUUAAGAAAAAGUUUAAGUUAAUAAGAAAAAUCAAAAAAAUUUGGUGUUUAA